CACUGAUGGCGCUCUAAUUGACGUCGCUGAUUGUUUUUAACAGAUGCAGGUGUACGUGAGUUUGCGGUUUUAGGUUAUUAGACUCGGGCAAACGGCUGUCUGCGUUCUAGUAUACAUGUGAGUGAAAACACGGGCGAUGUCUUGUCGACUACAGUCACGACUUACAACGAUCCUACUUUUAGCAAUAUUACCUCUCUGUUUGACAACCCAUGGCUCGGGUUUCGACCGAAACCAGAGCGUACAGGUAGGAAAGAAUUUACAAACACUAAACAGCAAGCACAAAGGAGAAGAUAAGGUCAACUUGGAAAUAACUGGGCAGCAGUCAAACGCAGCUUCUACGGAAACUUUGAGCCGUUGGUCUUCUCAAACUAGACACUCAGUCGUCGAUGAAACAAGCAACUCAAAACGUUACAAGUCCUCAUCAGCCUUCCAUCAGUCCAACGACCCCUCCAUGUUCACUCCAAGACAAGGUGUUACUGAUGUAAAAGAACUGUUUCAGUCUGACUCUCCAGGAUUUGAUGGUGAAGCAGGCCAAGGAAAAGUAACAAUUCCUAACCCCCAUGUUAUUGAAGAGUGGUUACAGAUGAGACCACUGAUACAGUGUUCCCCAGCUGCUAUAAUCCUAACAGCUAAGGGGUGGAGCUACGUACACCUUCUUGUGGACCGAGUGAAUGCUUCUCCUGUGUCAGUACUUCACCUGCCUUCACACUGUGGGUACAAUGUGAAGGCGACAUGGAGAGACCUAGUUCUGAUUGCACCAUAUGAUGGGUGCUAUGUCUUAAAGCAGAAUGGAAGUUAUGUUUUACCUCUGCUGUGGUGGGGAAUGCCUGUGAGUGUUUCCUGUCCCAUGACGCCUGUUUCUGCUCCUGCCAUGCCGUCUGGCUUGUGCUCAUACUUGGGAAUAACCCUAAAGAUAGACGGGUCUCUGAGAGGUAUAGAAAAGUAUAGCAUCAAAGUAAAUGAGGAGUGGGUGCCACUUGUAUCCAACACAUGUGCUCAUCGUAUGGUCUCAGCACCUGAAGACCUGAUACUCUUCAUUCCUUUCACAGCGCAGUGUGCUAAGGACAGAGGCAGCAUUUUUAAUGUGCUUGUGGAUGGGAAAAUGUAUGUUCUCUCUUGUCAGCCUCUUCACUAUAAUCCCUAUUACCCUCUGUAUCAUCCCUCAGCACCAAUCUCUCAACCACUACAUCCAAUGCAUGCUCAGAUUAUCCCACUUGAUCCUACUCUCAUUAAACCAGAGAUGGCUAAACCACACUUAGUGCCUGAAAUGCCUGCAGUUUAUGUCACAGGAGUAACUGUACAGCAUCCUCAGCACCCAUUUUUACCAUCAUAUGACAUUUCACAGGUGCCUGUUCUACAUUCUUCUGAAAUUCCCACAACAAACAGUACAAAAAUAACUAUCCCUCCAUUUGGGCAUUUGCAGCUGAUCAUGCCUAUGGUGUACCCCUCUUAUCAACAUCUUCCUACUCCUAUGGCAUCAGAUUCCCCUGUAAUCGAAUAUAAAUCAGCACUAAAACAAACUCCAAAGCCACAGACAAUUGCAGUUCAAGAAUCUCAGAUGGGACCAGUGCCCCAGAUGCCUCAAGCUCGUCAGGUGCCCCAGAUACCUCAGCAUAAUAGAUUUCCAGUGCUGGCAAAUGAUUCCUCCCAGUUGUCUCCAGUGCUCACCUGCAAAGGGGAUCGUUUGAGAGCAUUUCUGCCGUCUGUCAAAAUAACCUCCAUUAAAGUCAAAGAUGUGAAGAGGAAGGUUUGGGUUCCUGUGUCUUCUGCUCCAGCACACUGUGGGUACUCACUGCAGCGUAAAGGCAGGGGUGUGGUUUUUUCCUCCCCUCUUCCUGUCUGUCACUCAUAUACUAUGUCCCCCUCGCUACUGUCUCUUUCUCUGAAGUUCUGGAAUUUUUCGAUAUCAAGACACCAAUCUGUACGACUCCAGUGUCCCUACACUUCACCCUCUCCUGCUAGGACGGAGUCACCUGCAACAACAGCCAGACAUAUCUGGCCUUCCCCUCUUUCUAAUCUGUCAAAGCCUAGAGAUUCACCAAUCCACUCCCAAAUACCCAUUGUCCCAUCUUUGUACUCUCCCAAAACAACAGCCCCAUCUUUCCAGCAGGCCAAAUACACAAAGCCAACUUCCUGGCCACCUAAGUUCACGCGGUUGUCCCAAACCCCACCCCUGGCUUCUCAAAUGAAUCAACCACAAGUCUUGUGCCACUCUAAAGAUAUGAGUGUCACACUACCUCCUGGACCAAUCACAAGCCUGAUGGUUCAAUCUCCCACUGUUGGUGUUAAGGGAAGUAUAAAUGCAGUGCUGUUAGAUGAAGCCCCAAGUCAUUGUGGAUACUUGAUAAAGAAGAAUCAAAAUGGUGGUAUUAAUGUUCUCCUGCCCUAUUCAUCCUGUCACAUGGCUCAUCAGGAUGGACAGUACAGAAUUGUGCUGAAGUAUCAGACAUCAGACGGUCGUAGAGUUGAGGCCUUCCUGUCGUGCCAAGUUCCCGUGAACCAUGAAUGCAGUCUACCAUUUGAACAGCAGUUAGCCUGUGGACCCAGCUCUGUUUCAGCAACUGAUUGCCAGGAACUGGGCUGCUGUUACUCCCCACAUACUCGGACCUGCUACUACCCUAUGGAUGAAUGCACAGCCGAUCGGCAUUUUGUCUUCUCCAUCCCUGCAUCGCUCACAGAACCCCCCCUUUCACCCACGCGCUUGGUUGCAGCCGGCAACAACUCCUGCACUCCUCAGAGGGUGGUGGCAGACUUGGCCCUCUUUAAGAUCCCGCUAGACGGCUGUGGUGCUCACAAAUAUGAAGUUGGUAACACUGUGAUCUAUAUGCUGGAGAUCUUGAACACUUUGAACUCUAUGACCCUCAACUACGGAAGCAUAACCAGAGAUUCACCAUUUAGGUUGUUGGUUGAAUGCCGGUACCUGCCUGGGACCGUGGCAAGUGUGGGUUACCUGGUUAAAAGCCCAUCUCUCGGCCCAUCCAUUCAGGCCAAGGGAGUGUUUGGAGUUCAGCUAAGGAUUGCAAAAGACCAGCAGUAUAGUAGCUACUACCCGCAAUACCACCGGCCCUUGCGCAAGCUGCUGGGGAAACCCCUUUAUCUGGAAGUGCGUCUGCUGAACUCUUUAGACCCCAGCGCAGUGCUGUUGGUGCAUUACUGUGUGGCAUACCCUCGCUCAGCACAUUCAGCAUGGGUCCUAAUCUAUGAUGGUUGCCCAAACCCCCUUGAUGUCACACCAUCCCAUGAACCCCCUCCCACUCCUCCUGAAGCAUUGGCCAAACACGUGAGGCGAUUCACUGUUAGUACGUUCCAGUUUCUGGAAAAUACCAAGAAGGAAACCGCACCUGAGGAGGAGGUGGAUGAGGAAGAGGGAGAGGAGGAAGAGAUCUAUUUUAUGUGUGCCACUGAGGUGUGUUUACCCUCUGAAGGUCCGUGUGUAGAGGGCUGUAUUGAUCGAGUUGUAGCUGCCCCAGCAGUGAAGUCCUGAGUUUGGAGGUGUCAAAGUUCUAUAAAAUAGUCAUCACUCACCAUGCUCAGAAUAACUGCUUUGUGUAUCACAAAAAAUAAAAGUUAGAGUUCAUGUG